AUGGGUGGAGUUGCACUAGACGACGGCGGAUGCGCAGUGAAAGCCCCGGAUGGAGGCUGGGGCUGGGCCGUGCUUUUCGGCUGCUUCAUCAUCACCGGGUUUUCCUACGCCUUCCCCAAGGCUGUCAGCGUCUUCUUCAAAGAGCUGAUCAGGGAGUUCGGUGUCGGGUACAGCGACACGGCCUGGAUCUCCUCCAUCCUGCUGGCCAUGCUUUACGGAUCAGGCCCUCUGUGCAGCAUUCUGGUGAAUCGGUUUGGCUGUAGGCCUGUGAUGAUUGUGGGAGGACUGUUUGCCUCUCUGGGCAUGGUCCUGGCAUCCUUUGCCACUAGCAUUAUCCAUAUCUAUCUCUGCACAGGAGUCAUUACAGGUUUGGGUCUAGCCCUGAAUUUCCAACCAUCCCUCAUCAUGCUCAAUCGGUACUUUAACGAGAAGAGGCCUCUGGCCAAUGGGCUGGCAGCCGCAGGCAGUCCAGUAGCUCUGUGCUGCUUGUCCCCCUUGGGUCAGCUCCUGCAAUACCAAUACGGCUGGAGAGGCGGGUUCCUGAUCUUGGGGGGUAUACUGCUGAACUGCUGUGCUUGUGGGGCCCUUAUGAGGCCCCUGACUGGCCCCAAGAAGAAAGAGGAAGAUCAGGAGACCGCAGCAGUGGAGGAGCAGAAACCCAAGCCGAAGCGCAAGCUUCUCGAUUUCUCCAUCUUCAAGGAUCGCGGCUUUGUCAUCUACACGGCUGCCGCUGCCAUAAUGGUCCUAGGACUGUUUGUGCCGCCCGUGUUCGUGGUGAGCUAUGCCAAGAAGCUGGGCAACGAAGACACGAAAUCUGCCCUGCUUCUCACCAUCCUGGGCUUCGUUGACAUAUUUGCCAGACCCACAUGUGGAAUCAUCGCUGGGCUGAAGUGGGUUCGGCCGCGCUGCGUCUACCUCUUCAGUUUCGCCAUGAUCUUCAAUGGGACCACGGACCUGAUUGGUUCCAUGUCUAAGGAUUACCCAGCCCUGGUGGUCUUCUGCAUUUUCUUUGGUAUCUCCUAUGGCAUGGUGGGAGCUCUGCAGUUCGAGGUGCUGAUGGCCAUUGUUGGGACGGAGAAGUUCUCAAGCGCUAUUGGCCUGGUUCUUCUGGUUGAAGCCAUGGCUGUACUGGUUGGACCUCCUUUAGCAGGGCGACUUCUAGAUGCCACCAAGAAGUACAUGUAUGUGUUCAUGCUGGCAGGGUCUGAGGUGGUUCUCUCAGCCCUGGUGCUGUGCAUCUGCAACCUGCUCUUCAUCCGAAACAAAACUCCCCAGCCUGACCCUUCCACCAAGAUGGAGAUGGCCAUCACGGACACGGAAAUGGAGGAGCUGAACAAGGCUCCUCAGGAGGACCACGAGGAUGGAGGCGCCAAGGAGGCUGAGACGAUUCAUGAUGGUGCUCUAGAGACAACUACGAAAUCAGAGGAGGAAUCUCCCAAAGAGACGGAGUCUGACCAGCAGGAGCUGAGCAGUGCUGGGGUGGACUCGAUAGAUGUCGAAAAAGUUCCCGCGGAGGGAACGCAAGCGAACGGACUCGUGGUGGAACCAGAAUCAAGUAUCUGA